AUGGUUGAGGUAGAUUCUAGAAAACAGUUGCUUUAUGACCCUAUCGUUAGGUUAUCUGGUAUAGCUGACAAAUUUGUAAUGCAAGAUGCUACUUCUUCUAAUAUGAAAGUUUCAUUACAAGAGUGUAUUGAUACUCUUGCUAAUUAUCAAGAUGAAUGUAAGAAAUUGAAGAGAAAUGAACCUACUCUAUCGCCGAGUGAACGUUACUCCAUUUACGAAUCUGCAUACAUUUAUUACAAAAUAAUACAUAUAAUGGUAUUGACGAGGAUACCAAGCUUGCCACAAUUCUCCUCUGCGAAAAGUUCAGAUGCGACAAAUGAGGAUAAAGAAUUGAUGCAAAUAUAUAAUAUGCUUGUGAAAACGUUGUUGAGCGAUGAGAAGAUUGCUCAGAUCAAAUCGUAUUUAAGGGCAAAUUACCCAGAUAAAAAUAGCAAAGGUAAGGAGAGUAUAGUUAAUAAACAGUUGUUGAAUAACGAAGUGUUCAUGCUACCUCUAUCGGGUUCCCCUAUAUCAGCUGUGCAAUUAAAUCAUUUGAUUCAAAUGUACGACAGUUCCUUGUUGUUGAUAGAUGUCAGACCACGAGCAGAAUUCGAUAGUAAACAUAUAAAGGCCAAAUCUGUGAUCUGUGUAGAACCCGUUUCUUUUAAAAAUUCAUUCACUGAUUUAGAGGUCGAAAAGAAAUCGUUAAUUACUUCCCCACAAAAGGAAAUUGCAUUGUUCCAAGCAAGGGAUAAAUAUAAUUAUAUUGUCAUUUAUACACAGCAAAGUGAAAAGACACAAUUUUAUAUGCAUCAGCAACUAGUAUUACUGGAUAUUCUCAUGAACAAAUCUUUUGCAAAACCAUUAAACGAAAAAAAUAUAAAAGUAUUCACAUUGGAUAAGGGAUUUUCAGGCUGGGUCUCAAAGAAAGGUGCUUGCGAAACUACCACACAAAAUGGUGAUGCAAUUUACAUCAGUGGGAAUACUUCAAGCUUGAAUCUACAAAAUCUUCCACAGCUAUCGCCAAAUAUUGGUUCCUCAAUGGAUAAGUCGAUGAGAGAUAUGAUGUCUACUUCUGCAGAUUUCGAAGGAAGAACUUAUCAAUUGCCACAACAACAGCAACCGGUCUUUGCAAGAACACCUAGUUUUAAAAAUUUGUUUAACAAGGCAAAAUCUUCUUCUACUUCAUCAGUAACUUCAUCCUCUCCUGCGCCCUCUCAAUUAGUCAGACCUCAAACAUCGUCGAUGCCCCCAUUAGAGCAAAAUUUUACUCAAUAUCCAGAGACCCCUAAGUUAUUAACUCAAAUAAAUACCAAUACAAUGCCAUUGUCUCAGAUAUCUCCAAUUAGUUCAAGAGCAAUGUCACCAAUGACCAAAAAUAUGUUAACGCAAUCGCCACAGUUACCAAUGAAAAUAAGCAGGACUACAAUUGGUAAUGGUGCUAUGUUAGAUUUGAAACCACACCCAGAUUCAAAACCUCCAGGCCAACCUGUUCCAGCAUUACCUCAGCUCCCGCAUCAUAUGACGGGCACUUACCAAAAUCUCAAUCAACCAAAGUUAGAUCUGGAUUUUACUGUUGGUUUAGAGAAUAUGGGAAAUUCCUGUUAUAUGAAUUGUAUUAUCCAAUGUUUACUAAGCACUCAUGAGCUAUCUCAGAUCUUUUUAAACAAUUCAUACGAAAAGCACAUCAAUUUGAACAGCAAAUUAGGUUCUAAAGGUGUCUUGGCAAAAUACUUUGCUAGACUUGUUCACACAAUGUAUAGAGAAGGUUCAUUUAAGAGACCUUUGGAAAAGAACAAACCCAUCCAACCUAUUCAAUUCAAAAUGGCAUGCGGGUCAAUAAAUUCAUUAUUUAAAGACAACACCCAGCAAGAUAGUCAGGAAUUUUGUCAAUUCUUAUUAGAUGGUUUACAUGAAGACUUAAAUCAAUGUGGGGCAAACCCGCCAUUAAAAGAAUUAUCUGAGGAUGCUGAAAAGAUGAGAGAAAAAUUGUCAAUGAGAAUAGCGUCUUCAAUUGAAUGGGAAAGAUUUUUAACCACCGACUUCAGCGUUAUCGUAGAUUUAUUCCAAGGACAAUAUGCUUCACAACUUAAAUGUAAAGUUUGUGGUUGCACUUCGACUACAUAUCAAACCUUUUCCGUUCUUUCGGUUCCAGUGCCUCAUGUGUCAUCAUGUCAUAUACUUGAUUGCUUUAAUGAGUUUACAAAGGUCGAGAAAUUAGGAACUGAUGAACUUUGGUCGUGCCCAACUUGUAAGAAGAAACAACCAUCUACCAAAAAAUUAACAAUUACAAGAUUGCCAAGAAAUUUGAUUAUCCAUUUGAAGAGAUUUGAUAACAUGAUGAACAAGAACAAUGUUUUUGUUAAGUAUCCAUUUCUUUUGGAUCUUACUCCUUACUGGGCAAAUGACUUUGAUGGCAGACUACCACCUGGCGUCACCGAUGAAUUACCAACAAGAGGUCAAGUACCUCCUUUUAGAUAUAAAUUAAAUGCAGUAGCAUCUCAUGUCGGAAGCUUAUAUGGUGGCCAUUAUACUGCAUAUGUAAAUAAAGGAAUUAAUAGAGGAUGGCACUAUUUUGAUGAUACUAGCUAUCGCCCAAUUAAAAACGAGACGGAAUGUAUCACUCCAAAUGCAUAUGUGUUAUUUUACCAUAGAGUUUAUGGUGUUUAA